UCCCUCACCAGUUACCAUAUUAUGCCCCAAUUUUAUUUUUUAUUUUUGAAAAAAAAGAAAAAAAAAAAGAUACACAGCAAUAUCAGCAGAAGAUAUCAAGGAGGCAGGAAAACGUACCCGCGUGUUUGAAAAGCCUUGUUUUUUCCGUUGGGAGUGAAUCUGUGUGGUUCACACUUUUAUGAGCUCCUCCUAACAGUCCCAUAUCAUAGCAAAUCCCAUUUCCAUGGAGAUCCCUUGUGAAUUUUCGAAUUUACUGCACGAAUCUCCUUAAAUUAUUUUAAUUCACUUUUUUUUUUUCUUUUUUUUCCUUUGAAAUUUGGCGAUGGCUGCAGUUGCAUCGGUACCUCCAUGGAAUCCCGAAGACGAUCUUUUGCUGAAGAACGCUGUCGAGGCAGGUGCUUCUCUCGAAGCACUUGCCAAAGGUGCGGUUCGAUUCUCGCGCAAAUUUACGGUUCGUGAAUUGCGAGAGCGGUGGCACUCUCUCCUCUACGACGCUGAUAUCUCAGCUGAAGCUUCAUCUCGCAUGGUCGAAUUUGAGCUUUCCAAAUCUAAUCGAUUUGGUAUACCAAAAGAAAAUGUCGGAAUCUCCGCCAAGCGAAAAUCCGAAAGCAUCCGCAGGCUUUACUAUUCGAGGCAAAAGAGAACGUGCUCUUCUAGUUCUUUCGAUUUGAGUUUUCUCAAUGCAUCGAAUAAUGUGAAUAAUGGAUGUGUCGGCCGUGGAGGUGAUUGUGGAGACCAUGUGGCGGUUGGUAAUGAGGUUUUAGAUGGAAAUUGUAUGGUUGGACAUCAUGUUGGAAGCUAUUUUGAAUUCUCAGAAAGAGGUAUAAAUAUUGUGGAUCAUGUUCCUCUGCACACAAGGAGAGAUGUUUCUGGAAAAGCCAUUGGCAAUUCGGUGGAUGAUCGUAUACUUCGAAAUCAUCAUCCGAAGAUCGCUUCCUUGUCAGCCAGAGGUUCUGCAGAAGACAAUCUCGAGCAUAAUAUGAAGAACAAUAUUGCAGAGAAAGGUUUACGAAGUUUGGAGGAUAAUUUAGUUGAUUUUGGGAAUUGCUCAGAUGGUGAGGAUGCCGGGCAAUCUCAUGUGCUGCUGCCUCUUUGGAAAACAAUAGAGGACAUUCCGGCACCUGAAAUGCCAAUUGAUGUUGGUCUUGAGGACAAAGGUCAGAAUGUUGAAGACAAGUUGACGAAUCCCCCCGAUGAUGUAGAGGCCAAUGAAGUAAGUGCAUCUGGAUAUGAUGUUGAUCACUCUCAGUUAAUUUUGGAGGACAAAGAAGGGCAUGACGAAGUAAAUAGGUCAACUGAUUUUGCUUAUAUUUCAGAUUCUCUUUUGGACCUUACAAGUGAAAAUGAGCCUUUCUUCAUGGAUGUAGAUGGCAAGAACACAAUAGACAAGUCUUGUGAUGAGAGUGUCAAUUCACUUCUGUUGAGUUCUCCCAAAGAUAUGCAUGAAGAUGAUGUACCCACUGUAUGUGGCGCUCAAACGUUGGAUACAAACAUAUACCAUGUUGUUUCUGACGAUGUGUCUGCUGCUGGGAUGGAUGCCACUUCUGAACUGCUUCACUUUGGCGAUGGGGAUCAGCAUAGUAUUUGUUGUUCUGAAGUCAAUAUUUCAUCAUUUAAAUCUGUGGAGAAUCCUCCUUCAGAACUUCAUGAUGAAAUGAUGGAAUGCACAUUAAAUACUGAGGACCCAGAAAUCCCGUGCAAUGACAAUAUACACCAUCCUAUAUCUACAGUGGCUAGUGAUCCAGCUUCUUUCCCUAUGAACCAAAAGCAUAGCAAGCAAGAUAUUACAAGCUUGAAGAAAGAAGAAAGCCAUGUUCAGUCUUUUCUAGCUCUUCAGAAUGCGACCCCAAAAACCAGGGCAAACAACACACUUGUCAGUUGUGCAGUAAAACGUGAGCUUCCUGAUGGCAACUGUCUAGUUCCAGUCUUAAAACAUGCUAACAAUUUUGCUGCUGAUUUAAGUCAAUGCAGAUCAGCACAUGGAACUCCCAAGUCUACUGCCAAUCAAGUGCUCAUAAAAGAGGAAAUAAAUACAGCACUCAUAUCUACAGAGCCAUGUUCUACUAAUGCAGCAUUUAUGGAAGCAGAAGCAAAUUCUUCAGCAUUAGACAGGAAAGAAUCUGAGGAUGGAUUUGAUGGUGAUAUUCACAAUGUUCCAUAUUUCUCCGAUAUUGAAACAAUGAUACUUGAGAUGGAUUUAUGUCCAGAUGAUGAGGAUCCAUAUGUCAGUAAAGAAGUUUUAAGGUAUCAACAUGAGGAAACUAAAAGGAGAAUCAUUAGGUUGGAACAGUGUGCACGAUCAUCUAUGCAAAGAGCCAUUGCAUCUCGAAAUGCAUUUGCCAUAUUAUAUGGCCGCCAUCUAAAGCAAUAUAUUAGGAAAACUGAGGUCAUACUUGGUAGAGCUACAGAAGAGAAUGAAGUUGACAUUGACUUGGGAAAGGAAGGACGAGCUAACAAAAUAUCCAGAAAGCAGGCUCUUAUAAAGAUGGAAGGAGAUGGUUCAUUCUUUCUGAAAAAUAUUGGGAAGAGUCCAAUAUUUUUGAAUGGCAAAGAAGUCGCCAAUGGACAGCUUCUGAGUCUUUAUUCAAGUAGUUUGAUUGAGAUAAGAGGAAUGUCGUUUGUUUUUGAGAUGAAUCUCAAAUCUGUGAUGAAUUAUCUUGCAAACAUUUCCAAAAAUAGCCAAGAGAAGCAUACAAACUUCCAAUGGUCACCCAAGGGAAACCAUGAAUAGAGAGAUUCUCUCAACAGGUGAUAUUCAUUUUUGUUCAAAUUUUCUUUUAUAACUUGUGUGUUAGUCUCUUAUAUUCACCCUUCUUUCGUUAGCAUCUCUUACUACCUGUUAUAGAAUGUAAGGCUUCAAGCGAAAAAAGACUUUAGAAAUGUACAGUAAUUGCUUGUUUUCCACGUCCGUAUUGAUCCUUCUUUUAAAAGAUGGAAAGCCGCUCAACCUUCGCCUGCAAGUCCGGGAGUUGAGGUUCGAGUCUUGAUAAGCUCCGUUAUUGCCUAGAUGGUCACAUGCCGCAAUGUCGUGUGGUGCACUACCAACUGAUGACUAUGAUACUACCGGGAGACAUCUUUUUUUCAUAGCCCAAAAAAAAACAAAAAAAUAGUUUAUAAUGUAUAUAUAAAAGCAUGAUAGCUUAUAGCAACUUUCUACCAUUUUGAACUCGCCUUUUACUUUCUACGGAUGAUUAUGUUUCUUUCCAACUCCGACUGUUUUGGGUUGAUCCUCUGUUUUGUCCAAAUCUAUAUUAUUUUAAACUAUUAUUUUA